AUGCACGGGUUGAAAAGAACCUUGCUGAUCAGAACAGUCUGUCGCGGAAAAGCAUCAACUGCUGCUGACAUUCCAAAAGAAGAAGUUGUACAAACGAGCAAAAGCGAAGAAGUAGCUCCGAAGGCAGCAAACGCUUCCACGGUAUAUCGUCCACCGUACUACCGCAAACCCCACAAGUAUCACGAGUCAAGUCAUAUUCUUCAAGAAGAAUUCGCGAAUGCAGGAGAUGCUUCUGGAGCUGGUGUCCGUUUAUUCGACUACUACAAAACCGCAGAAAUGGUAAACGCAAUGCCAACUAUAAAAGAAAAGAUUGACUUAGUUUCUCCUUAUGAGAGACCAUGGACCCGAGCAGAGAGAACAUGGCGAAGAGAUUGGCACCCGACUUUAAUGGCAACACGCAAGGCUUGGGGAAUUCCACCAACACCCGCACAUUUCGAUACGUUGGACUAUUAUAAGUAUAUCACAAAGACUAGGGUUGAAAAUAAGUCAUUAGAUGAUUUCUACCAUGGACUGAGACCACCAACAGCUGAAUUGCAGCAGAGUUUCCAGAAUACACUAAAAUCAAUGGAAUUCGGCGACGGAAUUACCUUUUCAGAAGAAGAUACACAGAAACUAUUUGGUUGUCUGAUUGAUGACGCUAUGGGAGCAAUUGCUCACAACGUUUCUCGUCUAGCGGAUCACCGUGUUGCAUAUGAUGUUGAGUCUGAAGCCUUCUGGGUGCGAAGUGGUUUCAUGUUCCUCUAUGAUGAACCGGUUAUCGGAUCAAACAAAGACCACAAAAGAAGACUAAACAAUUUUCCGAAGUUUAUUGGAGACGAUCGCAGAAAACUUGGAGAACUUGCGUUUGUUCAUCGAGAUAAAUUGGCAGCUCAAAUCAGAUCCAGAGAACCACCAGCGCUACUUCAUUCUCUAGACUCCGAUGAUGCUAAGCUUCCAGUUUUCGAGAAGGACUUCAAUAUCGAGGAGACACUCUACUCUCCAAAAGUUUUCAAUUUGUGGCCGGACCAGCAGCCACUGUGGCAGUGCCCAGGAUAUCAUGCUGAUUCAGGAGAAACUCACAGUUAUGGCUUACUCAGUGUGAAAUCGUUGAGACCUCUGAGGGAAAGAGUUGCACAUUGGAUGGGAUGGGAAAGUCAGGCAGAAUUAGAAGAGAGUCCAGAAGCAAAACAAAUGAUCGAUGAUGGAGCCAGAUCCCAAGCCGUCAUCAGUAUGUUCACUACACUCUGUGCUCAAGCUCACACUCACGGAUUCACCCAAUACACCGAUGUGACUCGUCCGUUCACAUCUCAAAUGAUUCUCUCUGAUGGUUUAAAUUUCUACUUCGCCGUUGGACAGCUCAACACUCUAGCCAUCAAUGUGGACUGCGAAGGGUUCGUCAAUCCGCGCACCAAUUUCAUUCAAAUCGAUGGACCACAUCGUCUGUUCGAAAUUGUAGAUGAAGAUGGAAAUUAUACGAGUUCGCAAGAAUAUGUUGAUGCGAAAAACAAUGUUAACAGGCGUGUUGAUUCUGGAUUAAACGAGAAAGUUUUGGAACGUGUGACACAGAUGCUGAUGAAGCAGUAG